CUGCGCAGUUUCAUUUUUUGUGACCUUGUAGUGUAGUUUUCCCGGUGAGUAGACUGUCCUUAUCUACCUCCUGACAGGUGCCCGCUUCUCAUUCACCGACACAGACCUAAACAUGAAGACACUGCCGAUUCUCUUACUUGUCGUAGCUUUAGCUGCUUCUCAAUCCCCUGACCCCUCUGUGACGGUUAGGCCAUCCGGAAGUGUGACAAGCGGCGGAACAUGUUCCCACCAAUCCGAUUGUGAAGAUAGUCUCUGCUGUGUCCACAGCAGUUUCAUCGGAAAAAGAAGAAAGCGAUUGUUUCUGGACGGGCUUUUUAAUCAUGACCAUGGAACGUGCAAGCCACAUAGAAAACUUAACGAGACCUGCCUUCCUUUUAUGACCCACGACAUCUUUAACCACGAGUUGUACGAGAGUUACUGCCCCUGUGAGCAGGGUUUGGAGUGCCGUGGUGUGACUGUGGAUGAGGCCGAACACUCCGUGGUCCACCACAACCCCCGCUGUCAGCCCCCGGAGUCCUAGGGACACGCCCACAAGCCCCACCCUCUCUGUGUGAUCGUACCGCGUCAAAUAAAAUUGAAAACUUUGUGCCGUAAA